AUGAAUGACGAGGAAGCGAGACCAAGUGAAUUUUACUUAGCUUGUCGGAAUGGCGACUUGACGACGGUGGAAGUCCUACUCUCCACCAUUCAGUACUCAGAUCUCCUUCGACUCGAGUCGAAUGGCAGUACUGGAUUGCACGCGGCCGCUUUCUAUGGUCAUAUUGACAUUGUGCAACGUAUUUUGGAACGAGAUGAUGGGUCACGUCAACUCUGGACUAUUCGCAAUCGCCCGUUCGAUUUGACGCCUGCCGACGAGGCUCAAAGUGGUAAUAUUCGCCGACUAUUUGGUUCCAAUUUUGUUGGAACGGGUCGCACUCGUUUUUCCGAUCAUCACGGCGGAGAACAGGCACUCUUCUCGCCGGUGAAGCCAGCAGCAGCAGAUAGUACUACUACUGAUACCUGCAAUCAAGUCCAAUGGCUGGAUGAGUAUGCGAAUGCUCAUCGAAUUUCGCAGGAAAAUCAUGAACACAUGCGCCGAUGGUUGAUUAAAAUUCCACUGGAGCACUUGUUGAUUCGAAUCAAAAAUGAAUAUGUUGAAAAAAUGGCCAAAUUAGGCCAGGCAAACCAUCAGAUAAAUGACACAUUGCAGGCGGCAAUCGACGAAGAAGAUCCUCGUUAUUUAUUAUAUGCUUACACAAAAGCAACGUCUUUUUUCGGCCAACUCAAUAAGGAUUUCGCACAAAAAGGUAGGCAUUAA